UCCAUCGUCCUAGCACAGUUGCCGCCCGGUGGAGGCUGCGCAACUUUAACAGAAGGCAGCAGUUAAAAUCAAAAACGGGUCGGAAGUAAUAAUUUAAAAGCCCUCCACAAGACUGCCUUCUUUUCGGGCAAAGCAAGCAACCCUGACAUAAAAGUAGUGGAGAGGAAUUGUUCAAGUUUUUUUUAAGUCUCCGACACCUGAAGGAAAAAUGACAAAGGGUCCCGUAGCGGGGCUGUUGGUCGCGCUGUGCAUAGGCACGGCCGUCCAUUGUCUGCCCAAGACUUCGGAAAGAGCAAAAAGGACGGUAGGACAGCAACGAGUUGUCCCUGAGCUGGAUGAUCCUGGAAACCUUCCAUUUACCUCAUCCGACUGCACGGAUAACGGUCGUUCUUAUAGAAUAAACGACCAGUGGGAACGGACAUAUCUGGGCAACACACUGCUCUGCACUUGUGAGGGUGCUGCAGGAAUUAAAUGCGUAACGAAGCCCGCAGCUGAAGAAACCUGCUUAGACAAGUACAACCAGCGGUCGUACCGAGUUGGCGAGACAUACGAGCGUCCAAAGGAUGGCAUGAUCUGGGAUUGCACCUGCAUCGGAUCUGGAAGAGGCAAAAUUAGCUGCACCAUCGCCAAUCGCUGCCAUGAAGGUGGAAACUCGUACAAAAUUGGGGACACUUGGAGGAGACCGCACGACACAGGAAACUACAUGUUGGAGUGCGUGUGCUUGGGCAAUGGAAAGGGAGAGUGGACUUGCAAACCAGUCGCCGAGCGUUGCUAUGACAAUGCCUUGGGAUCCUCCUAUGUGGUUGGGGAGACCUGGGAGAAGCCGUACCAGGGGUGGAUGAUCGUGGACUGCACAUGUCUGGGAGAGGGCAAUGGCCGCAUCACCUGCACUUCCAGAAACCGUUGCAAUGACCAGGACACAAGGGCAUCUUACCGCAUUGGCGACUCCUGGACCAAGACUGAUGCCGAGGGACAUGUUCUGCAGUGUCUGUGCACUGGAAAUGGACGCGGAGAGUGGAAAUGCGAGAGGCACAGCUCCAGCAGCAGCACUCUUGGUGCGGUUGGAAGGCCCCAGGUGAGGCCUGCGGUGAACCAGCCCAACGCCCUGCCCGAGGCCCCCGAAGAGGGCACCUGCACCUCCAUGUCCGGCACCACCUACUACCUGGGCAUGCGUUGGAUCAGGACGCAGGGCAGCAAGCAGAUGCUGUGCACGUGCCUCGGCAACGGAGUGAGCUGCGAGGAGUAUGAGGGCCAGUCUCUUGUGUACGGCGGUAACUCAGAUGGAAAGCCAUGCGCCUUCCCCUUCGUCUUCAACGGCAAGACCUACUACUCCUGCACCUCGGAGGGACGCUCUGACGGGCAGCUGUGGUGCAGUACCACCUCCGACUACGACACCGACGCACAGUACUCCUUCUGCACGGAGAAGAACUCUCUGGUGGCGACCCGUGGUGGCAACUCCAACGGAGCCUUCUGUGAAUUCCCUUUCGUCUACAAUGGCCGCAACUACACCGACUGCACCGCUGACGGUCGCCGUGACGGCAUGAAGUGGUGCGGCACCACCACCAAUUACGAUGGCGAGCGCAAGUUUGGCUUCUGCCCCAUGGCUGCCCAUGAGGAGGUGUGCACCACCAGCGACGGCGUCAUGUACCGCGUGGGUGACGAGUGGGACAAGCGCCACGACGUGCUGGGUCACAUGAUGCGCUGCACGUGCAUGGGGAACAACCGCGGAGAAUGGAGCUGCAUCGCUCACUCUCAGCUCAGAGACCAGUGCAUUGUGGACAGCCUGACCUACGACGUGAACCAGCAGUUCAGCAAGCGCCACAACGAGGGCUACAUGAUGAACUGCACCUGCUUCGGCCAGGGCAGGGGCCGCUGGAAGUGCGACGCCAUUGACCAGUGCCAGGAGCCCGAGACCAAAGUGUACUACCAGAUCGGAGAGUCCUGGGACAAAGUCAUCCAUGGAGCUCGCUACAGGUGCUACUGCCAUGGCAACGGACUCGGAGAACACGCCUGCGAACCCCUACAGUCCGGUGUGCGUGGCCCAGUCAGGGUGAUCAUCACGGAGGCCGGUACCGAGCCCAACUCCCACCCCAUCCAGUGGAACCCUCCCCCCUCAGCACACAUCAUCCAGUACAUCCUCAAGUGGAGAGUGAAAAACACCCAGAGGCCAUGGAGGGAGGCCAAGAUCCCAGGACACCUGAACUCAUACACCAUCUCUGGCCUGAAGCCCGGCCUCACCUACGAGGGCCAGCUCAUCAGCAUCCUGAGACAGGGAAGUCGGGAGGUCACCCGCUUCGACUUCACCACCACCUAUGGAACAUUGAACACGGCCGAGGGAGAGAACGCCGGGCUGCCCGGUCCCGACGUGGUGGUUCGCGACGAGUCCGUGACGGAGAUCACCUCCAACAGUUUCGUCAUCUCCUGGGUGUCCGCCUCCGACACCAUCUCUGGCUUCAGGGUGGAGUACGAGCUGAGCGAGACUGGAUCCACGCCCAUGACCCUUGAGCUUCCCAACACCCAGAACUCUGUGACCAUCAAUGACCUUCUGCCCGGUCGCCGCUACAACGUCCGCGUGCACGAGCUCUCGCCCGAGGGAGAUUCGAACCUGAUCCUCACCACCACCCAGACCACCGCUCCUGAUGCUCCAGCAGAGCACUCCAUCGGAGACAUCGGAGAGACGGCCAUCGUCAUCAGCUGGACCAAGCCCCUGGCUCCCAUCACUGGUUACCGUGUGGUCUACACGCCAUCCCUGGAGGGCCAAAGCCAACCAUCCACGGAGCUCAUCCUCCCCGAGACCGCCACCGAGGUGACCCUGGGCGACCUUCGACCCGGCGUGCUGUACAACAUCAGCAUCUACUCUGUGGAGGAGGACAUGGAGAGCGAGCCCGUCUUCGUGCAGGUCACCACCGCUGGAGACUCCACACCUGAGGAAGUCCAGGCCCCCACGGACCUGCAGUUCUACGAGGUGUCGGACGUGAAGAUCGUCAUCACCUGGGUGGGUCCACCAGAGGAGGUGUCGGGCUACCGCAUCGCCUACACGCCCGUCGGCGAGGACGGCGCCACGCCCCAGAGGCCCCUGCAGCUGCCCAUCACCCGCAACGCCUACGCCGAGAUCACACACCUGCAGCCCGGAACCCUCUACCGCUUCUACAUCUACACCAUCAACCAGGGCGCCGAGAGCCAGCCGCUGGUUGGAGAGCAGUCAACUAAGCCUGACACCCCCACCGGCCUGCGUUUCGAUGACAUCACGGAGGACAGCGCCCUGCUGAUCUGGUCGGCCCCCAGGGCCACGGUGACGGGCUACCGCGUCUUCCUGAUCGUGGAGGGCUCCACGCCCAAGCAGCAGCGCAUCCCUGGUCACGUGACACAGUAUCGCCUCAGCAACCUGCGGCCCGACACCGACUACACCGUGCGUCUGCACUCGGAGCAGGGCAACACCAUCAGCGAGGGCGUCGACAGCAUCUUCACCACCUCCCCAGCCAUGGGCAGUGCCCCACGCUUCAGCACUGACGUCACCGACACGGCCAUCACCAUCUCCUGGACCCCCGUGCCUCGCUUCAGCUACAGGAUGUCGGUGAAGCCGAGCCAGGGCGGAGAGGCUCCCCGCGACGUGACCUCUGACCUCGGCAGCAUCAUCAUCUCCGGCCUGACCCCCGGGACCGAGUACAUCACCAGUGUCCAGCCCAUCGUCAACGGCCGCAAGCAGGGCAACCCCAUCACCAGCCGCGUCACCACCUCUCUCUCUCCACCCACUGACCUGAACCUGGUCUCCAACCCAGACAAUGGCGACCUCACUGUGAAGUGGAUCCCCUCCAGAACACCCGACCUCACUGGCUACAGAGUGACGUGCAACCCCACCAACGGCCAGCGCGGCAACUCCCUGGAGGACAAUCUGGGCCCCAGGCAGAACUCCUACACGCUGGAGAACCUGAGCCCGGGCGUGGAGUACAACGUCAGCAUCUUCGCCGUCAAGGACCAGCUGGAGAGCGAGCCCGUCUCCACCACCGUCACCCAAGACGUGCCCCGGCUAAGCGAUGUGUCCUUCGUGAAUGUCAGUGACACCACUAUCGGCCUGAGGUGGACCCCUCUAAAGCUGCCCACCGUAACGGGCUACCACAUUAAGGUCACCGCGGUCGGUGAGCGUACGCCUCUCCUCGAGGACAUGCUCGACAACACCGCCGACUAUUACACAGUCCGCGGGCUGGAGCCCGGCAUCGAUUAUGACAUCAGCGUCACCGUGGUGACGGAAGGAGGAGAGGGCGAACCGUCGACUGUCACGCAGCAAACGAGGCCCAGACUUGCUGUUCCUGCACCCACAAACCUGCACUUUGACGAGGUGGGCGCCACCACCAUGCGCGUGUCCUGGACCAUCCCCCGCACCUCCGACAUCACCCGCUCGGUCAUCCGCUACCAGCCCAUCGAGGACAGCCACAUGCAGGAGGUCAACGUGGGACGCACCACCGACACCUUCGUCCUGCAGAACCUGAAGCCAAACACAGAGUACGUGGUGAACGUGGUGUGUGUGUAUGACGACCACGAGAGCGAGCCCGUCACCGGCACCCAGAGAACAACGCUGGACUCCCCAUCCAACCUGGCCUUCACGGAGAUCACCUCCAACUCCUUCACGGUGCACUGGAGCGCUCCGCUGGCCCGCAUCAACGGCUACCGCCUGCGCUACCAGCCCGUGUCCGGCGGCCGCUUCAAGGACGAGCGCCUGCCGCCCACCAGGACCCAGUUCACCCUCACCAACCUGCUGCCCGAGACCGAGUACGACAUCUACAUCUUCGCCAUCAGCGGCCGCGACGAGAGCCAGCCCCUGCAGGGACGCCAGGCCACCGUCACUGAGGCGCCAACCAAUCUGGAAGUGACUCGCUCCACCCCCAACAGCAUCACCAUCACCUGGGACCACCCACCUGUCACCGUGCGCUACUACAGAAUCACACACGGAGAAGCAGGCGAGAACCCAACUAACGAGUUCACGGUGCCCGGAACUCAGUCGACAGCCACCAUUGACAACCUGCAGCCCAACACCGAGUACACCAUCACCGUCUACGCCGUCACCGGCAGAGGGGACAGCCCCGCCUCCAGCACGCCCAUCUACGUCACCCACCGCACCCAGACCACCAAUGGACGCCCUAGUAAUGUUCCGUCUCCUUCCGCCGUGGACGUGACGGACGUGCAAGACAACGCCUUCACGGUGCACUGGAGCCCCGCCAGGGGACCCAUCACCGGCUACAAGGUCACCGGAGCCCCCAAGGACGGAGUGGGACCCACCUUCUCUGAGGUGGUUGGCCCUGAGACCACCAAGAUGACUCUUACCGGCCUGACGCCCAAUGUGGAGUACGUCGUGAGUGUCCAGGCCAUUGGCAAGGAUGGGGUUAGCACGCCUGUGGUUGACAGGGCCACUACCGUUGGCAGCGUUGACCAGCCGACCGACCUUUCCUUCACCGACGUCGGCACCACGUCUCUGCGCGUCUCCUGGGACGCCCCCACCACGCGGGUGACCUACUACCGGGUGCUGUACACCAGCCCACUAGAGGGCGAGCGCGAGCUGUACCCUGCUCCCCGCGGCACGGACACCAGCGCCGUCAUCCCCAACCUCAGCCCCAACACCGAGUACACCAUCAAGGUCAUCCCCGUACAGGGCCGCACGCCCCUCCCCACCCUGCUGGGCAAGCAGGCAACUAGGGGACCAACAGCAGUUGGCAGCGGUGACCGCCCCACGGACCUGUCCUUCACCGACGUGGACACCAACUCCCUGCGCGUGUCCUGGGAGACGCCGAGCGGCGGUCGCGUGACCUCGUACCGCGUGCUGUACACCAGCCCCGAGGAGGGCCAGCGGGAGCUGUACCCUGCCCCCCGCGGCACAGACAACACCGCCUUCAUCCCCAACCUGAGGCCCAACACCGAGUACACCAUCGAGGUCAUCCCCGUGCAGGGACGCACCCCGCUCACCAAGCUGCUGGGCAAGCAGGCCACCCGGGGACCCAUCGCUGGCAGCGGUGACCACCCCGACCUGACGGAUCUGACCUUCACCAACGUGGGCACGACCUCUCUCCACAUCAGCUGGGACGCCCCUAUUGAGCGUGUGACCUAUUACCGGGUACUGUACACCAGCCCACUGGAGGGCGAGCGCGAGCUGUACCCUGCACCCCGCGGCACCGACACCACCGCCGUCAUCCCCAACCUCAGCCCCAACACCGAGUACACCAUCAAGGUCAUCCCAGUACAGGGCCGCACGCCCCUCCCCACCCUGCUGGGCAAGCAGGCAACUAGAGGAACUGAUGCCUCUGGACCCGUCCCUUCACCGACAUCCAUCCAGUUCUCUGAGGUGGGUUCCACCUUCUUCACUAUCACCUGGAUCUCCCCCAGCGUCCCCCUGACCGGCUACCGCGUGGUUGUCACCCCCAAGGACAGCCUGGCCCCCUCCAAGGAGCUCAACGUGGCCCCUGACUCCAGAAGUGUCACUGUGCCAGGACUCAUGGUUGCCACCCCUUACAUUGUGUACGUGUAUGCUCUGAAGGGUAUUUCUUCCAGCCCGCCUUUGACUGGAGAGAUCACCACCACUGACAAUCUGAGCCCGCCGCGCCGCGUGAAGAUGUCGGAGGUGCGGGACUCGUCCAUCACACUGACGUGGAGGGCCAAGGUGGAGCCCAUCACCGCCUUCCUCAUCGAGGCCAUCCCUGAGGACCGCAGGUACCCCACCAUCAGCAAGACGGUGCCCGAGGAGACCAAAACCAUCACGCUCACAGGACUGCAGCCAGGCACCUUCUACACGAUCAACAUGUACACCCUGAAUGGAAGCAACCGCAGCCCCCCCUUCACCCUCACCGUCACCACACCGUCCCCGGCACUGAACGCCCCCACAGACCUCCAGUUCUCCUCCAUCACCCCCAACUCCAUCACCUUCAACUGGCGCCCGCCCACCACUCGCAUCACCGGAUACUACGUCACCUACGAGGAGUCCGGCAGCCGCCCCCGCGAGCUCAUCCCCAGGCCACACGCCGGCCAGAACUUCGCCACCAUCAAUGGACUGAAACCAGGCACUGAGUACAUCAUCAAGAUUAUCGCCCUCCAGAACGGACAGAGGAGCACGCCAUUGGUGGGCAGGACCAGCACUCAACCUUCCGGCAGCUCGCUUCCGCUGCCCCCGCCGCCCUCACGCCCUGGCAGCGGCGCCGCCGACCGUCUGGACGUCCCCAACACCGACGGCGACGUCGACGACAACAGCGUUCAGGUGGUGGGCACCAACGGCCAGGACACGCUCCCGGGCCAGGGCCAGGGCAUAGAGUACACCGAGUACAACAACCAGCCCGCCGUCCAGCCCAACCGCCACCAGCCCUACCAGCCCUACCGGCCCCAGGUGGUCACACCGCAGAGGCCCCACCACGCCCUCAUCUACAUCCCCGAGGCGGGGCCCGACGGUAACCGGGUGCCGGUGGUGCAGGUGAAUGAAGGGCCCGGCCGCGGGCUUCCUAAUCCUUAUGGUUUUCCAGAGAACGACACGGGCAGACCGCAGGAGGCGCAGACGCAGACCGUCAUCACCUGGCAACCGCUGCCCCAGAGCAACUCCUACGAGGUCAUGUGCGAGCCGAUCACACACAGCAACGAGAAGACCUUCCAGAUGAGCCUUCCAGCCACAUCCACUAGUGCUACCCUGAUCGGGCUGACCUCUGGAGCUUCCUACAACGUCAUCGUGGAGGCCCUGAAGGACGCUCUCAGGCACAAGGUCUUUGAGGAGGUCGUCACCGCUGGCAACACUGUGCCAGUGUCUGAAGGGUCUGAGGGUCUUCCAGCCAAUGGGGACGCCUGCUACGAUACCUUCACGGCCACCUACCACAACGUGGGCGAGGAGUGGGAGCGCAUGUCCGAGACCGGUUUCAAGCUGUGGUGCAGAUGCCUCGGCCUCGGCAGUGGCCAUUUCAGAUGCGACUCCUCCAAAUGGUGCCAUGACAACGGCAACAACUACCGCAUCGGCGAGAGGUGGGACAGGCAGGCCGAGAACGGACACAUGAUGAGCUGCACCUGCCUGGGCAACGGCAAGGGAGAGUUCAAGUGCGAACCACACGAGUCUACCUGCUAUGACGACGGCAAGAUGUAUCACGUCGGCAACCAGUGGCAGAAGGAGUAUCUAGGAGCCAUCUGCACAUGCACAUGCUAUGGUGGCCAGCAGGGAUGGCGCUGUGAGAACUGCAGGCGUCCAGGAGGAGCCGAGGCUGGUAGCCCUGUCCAACCCGUUCGUGUCAAUACCUUCAGCGGUAACUAUGGAGAUACAAACUUCCGCAGAGUGAACAUCCAGUGUCCCAUUGAGUGCCUCCGACCCGACCUCCUUGCUGACGCCAUCGCUCCUCACAAUCCCAAUGAGUGAGCGCAACGGAUGCCUGCGAUGCGUUGCCACCCCCCUGCGCCCGAAGGCCCGCCUGCGCCGCUUGCAGCGGGACACCCGGCGGACAUCUUCCACUGAAUCCAGACGUGACAAAUGAGAUUGUACUAAAAAAACAACACACAACAUUAAUCGCCUGAACACCGUCCCUCCCUCCUGAACACAAUUUGUCCUUCCUCCCCAACACUGCAAUGCUUUGUCAGCUUUAUAAGACUGACAUCUAAUGACACGCUAAUGCUAGCCCCCCCUCCUCAAAACAAAAAACCUUAACUUUGCUCUAAGUUGUCCUCCGCUACCAUACAGAGAUUUGGUUGGUCGUCCAGGACUAUGUCUUUUGCCUUCAGUGUGUUGAAUUUUUGAAAAACUGUUGUGGUUCUUUUCAGAAACAUAUUGAAACACUUCAAUUAUUAUUAUUUUUUAAGUGUUAACACAUUCCAGCUCAUGUUGGAGCCCUACUAGCCAUUAACGGUCUCCAGGGCAUCUAGUCACGUCAAAAGGGAUUUUAAAAAUGUCCAAGCCAAAUUGCAUCUCUACUGAUUUGAGUCCUUCCAGAGAAGAUCUUCCCAGUAUUAGUGAGUUUAGUAGCAAUCUAUUUUUGUACUUUCACCAGAAAUGGAGCACUGUUUGAGAGAAUGUUGGCGUACCAGUCAUGGUGCAUUGAGGUUCGUUUCAGAUCCCAGUUUGUGUUUUUCGUUUGAGUCUUCGUUUUGUUUUUUCCUUCUGUGGCUCUCUGUUGUAAAAAUGAGAGCAGCACUGUGUUCUUUAAUGACUUAUGACACUUACUGAUUUGUUUGUAAUUUUCUAACUUUUUUUUGUUUGUGUUUGCUUUAAUUUAUCCCUUAAUUCUUGUUAAGUGUUUUCAUCAAAAUGCCAAGACUGGGAUGUAAAGUUUGAUUUUUGUACUGCAGGUGCCAAAGUCUUCACUACUGUCUUAAUUUCCCUUUUGGAUAAAAAAAUGACAAAGAACCUCAAA